AUGAUUCACUGUCUUGGUGCCAUCCGUGGAGAGUUUACGAAGUUGGCUAUGGAUAGAGCGCGCCGUUUUUCUUACAACUUCCGAAAAAGACACAUCCUCAGCAACCUAGAGAUACCACUUGGUACAUUUCUUCGACUUCGUCCGCCAAUUUUCAAGUACAUGUUGAUGUUCGACCCUUACGCUAAUGUUAGACACCAGGACAUCUUGUACUUUGCGGUUUCCGCAUUAGAGCCUCUGGAACUCGACUUUGGAGAACCUUGA